GUCUCAGGCACUCUCUGGCAGUCUCUGCCUCCCAGGGAACAGUCAGUCUCUGCUAUUCAGAGGCAUCAUCACGAUGGACCCAGCCGCCCCAGCCACCCGCAUGACCUCCUCCUUCACCAUCAACAUUUCGACGCCCUCCUUCUACAACCAGCCCAAGAAGUUUGCACCCGUGGUGCCCCCCAAACCCAAGGUGAACCCGUUUAAGGCCCCGGAAGAAGCAGAGCCCAAGAAUGCCUCGGCAGGAUCUCUGGAAGGCCCCGGCAUCAAGGCUUUCUUAGGAAAAGUCGGAGCGUUCCCGCCCGCGGCGCCAUCUAGCGGAGAGCUGGAAGAAUUUAUCCUGCCGCCUCCCCCUCCCAGUGAUGACUCCGUCUUGAGCCCCACCGUGUGUUUCCCGCCUCCUCCACCCUCCUUCAGUGAUGAUAUUCUCGGCUCCCCGACGUCUAGUUUCCCCCCUCCUCCGCCUCCUGAGUUUGCCGAGCCCUUCCCGCCCCCCGCAGAGGAAUCGUUCCCAUCACCACCUCCAUUGGAGGAAGCCAACGAUAUCCAGGUUCCACCACCUCCUCCGGCUCCACCCAUUCCAGUGGUAUCUGCACCGAAACCUCCUGCACCAGUUCCUUCCAAGCCCACUGCCCCAUUAAUGUUUACUCCAAAAACUCCUCCUUCAGUUACCCCCAAGCCUGCUGGCCCGGCUUCUUUCACCCCUAAGCCCCCUGCUCCUGCACCAGUUGCUCCAAAGCCCGCUUCCCCAUUUGUACCGAAAGUCUCUGCUCCUCACAUGUAUUCCCCUUCACCACCUGCUGCUAACCCUCCACCGGCUCAGACCUUCUCUCCGAAGCCAAGCGCACCAUCAUUUUCUCCAAAACCGGCCCCACCUCACACCUUCACUCCACAGCCUUCUGCUCCUCACACAUUUUCUCCCAGGCCCACAGAGGCAAGCGCAGAGGCUCCACGACCAGAGCAAAAGUUUCCACCAUCGCAGCCUGUGAUUUCCGAACCUCCUGCGUCCUCCGUACCGUCAUCUGUGCGGUCCCCGGGAUUCAGCUAUGCAAAUCAACGAGAAAAGCCUCAAGUGCUUGAGAAAGCCAGGCCGGAUGAAAAAGUCAGGAUUGCAGCCCCGCAGAUGGAGCUCAGCAGGAAUUUUGUGCCACAAGAGAGUGUGAAAAGCGGGGUGAUAAAAGCCAAUGGGACACCUAGUCCCAAACCACACCAAGAAAAUUUUCAGGUGGCAAGACCACAGUCAGAUGGCGUGCAAACCAGAGGACCUCAGCCAAGCCUGCAAAGACCUUCGGAGCCUAUUAGGACUGCUGGCUCAAUUGGCCUAAACAUGAAGGAAGUGGAAGAGCUGGAGAUGCUGACUCAGCAGUUAAUGCAGGAGAUGGACAAACAGCCUACCGCAGAAGGACACGUCAUGGAUCUCUGCGGAUUCUGCGGUAAGGGUCUCUCUCGGACUGAGACGGUGGUGCGAGCCGGGGAACAUUUAUUUCACGUACAUUGCUUCACGUGCUCCAAGUGCGACCAGCAGCUCCAGGGCCAGCAGUACUACGAGAAUAAAGGGCGUCCGCUGUGCGAGGACUGCUACCAGGACACGCUGGAAUGUUGUGCAGUGUGCCAAAAGAAGAUUACUGAACGUUUGCUGAAGGCGAUGGGCAAGGCCUACCACCCAGAAUGCUUCACCUGUGCGGUGUGCCACCGUCCUCUGCAGGGCGAGCCGUUUAUAGUGGACCAGAAUAACCUGCCCCAUUGCGUCCCAGAUUACCACCGGCGGUAUGCCCCUCGCUGCUCAGUUUGCGGGGAUCCGAUUGCCCCCGAGCCUGGCCGGGAUGAGACGGUGCGGGUGGUGGCUCUGGAGAAGAACUUCCAUAUGAUGUGUUACAAGUGUGAGGACUGCGGCAGUGCUCUCUCUGUCGAGGCUGAUGACUCUGGCUGUUUCCCAUUGGACGGCCAUGUUUUGUGCAAGAAGUGCCACGUGGUGCGCUCUCGGGCUGUUCACUGAUGCCACCCUCGAAGCCACCUCCUUACUACGAGUACAAGCCUUGUCCACCAAAGACUCUUGGACCUUCUGACCACACCCGUCCAUGCUGCUGCUUCUACUGUAGUUCAGUGUUAUGGAUAUUAAUCAGUUUACAGCUUCUGCCGAAACUGAUAGUUAACUGCUGGUCAGCCGUCACUUAGCUGCUAACCACUAGUUAGUAAAUCUUUGCUUUUUAGCCUGCCAGAAAAAAA